GCACGAUGGAGGAGGAGGGAUUUUGGUGGUGAAGGAACCAGCGAUGAUAAUGUCCGAGAAUCCAUCAGGAUCAGCGUUAUUUUUUGAUGGAGACGGGCAAUGUGGCACAACUGAGCUUGUGGACUAUUUCAAAACGCAAAUGAAGGAGAACGAAGAUGUCGCUUCUGCAGUUGCCGCAAUUCGUACCUUGCUGGAGUUCUUGAAGAGAGAUAGAGGAGAGACCAUUCAAGGGCUGAGAGAGAACCUGAAGGAAGCCAUUAAAAUCCUGUGCAGCGUAGACUCGUCAGUGGCAGUGUCUUCAGGUGGCGAACUCUUCCUCCGCUUCAUCAGUCUUACAUCGCUGGAACACCCGGAUUACUCAAUAUGCAAAAAGACGAUGAUAGACAGAGGGGAGCUUUAUUUGAAAAAAAUUUCUGUUUCAAGGGAUAAGAUUGCAAACCUCUGUUCUGCCUUUAUAAACGAUGGCGCAAAAAUCUUGACCCACUCUUCCUCACGGGUGGUCCUGCGAGUGCUGGAGAAAGCGGCCAAGGCCAAGAAACGCUUCAGUGUCUACAUCACAGAAUCGCAACCUGAUUCUUCAGGACUGAAAAGUGCAGAAAGACUGAGGAAGCUGAACAUCCCAGUGACGGUGAUCUUAGAUGCUUCAGUUGGGUGCAUUAUGGAGAAAGUGGAUCUGUUGCUGGUCGGAGCCGAGGGAGUGGUAGAAAGUGGCGGAAUUAUUAACAAGAUUGGAACAUACCAAAUGGCAGUAUGUGGAAAAUCACACAACAAACCCUUCUACGUGGUGGCUGAGAGUUUCAAAUUCGUCCGGCUUUAUCCCCUCAAUCAGCAAGAUGUUCCUGAUCGCUUUAAGUACACAGCAGAGAUAUUAAAAUCGGCAAAGAACCUUGCAGAAGAGCAUCCCACAGUGGACUACACCCCGCCAUCGUUCAUUACCCUUUUGUUCACUGAUCUAGGUGUUCUCACACCUUCAGCUGUUAGUGAUGAACUAAUUAAACUCUAUUUGUAACAGUG